UCCCCCACCCCCCCAGCAGGCGGAUUCGGAGUCCCCACCACCACCACCCCCGAGCGCAGAGGACACCCCGAGGGAUGACGCCCGCGCCCCGGAGCGCCUGUCCCUGGGCGCUGCUGCUGCUGCUGCUGCUGGCGGUCUUGUGGCCGCAGCGCGCCGCGGGCUCCGGCAUCUUCCAGCUGCGGCUGCAGGAGUUCAGCAACGAGCGAGGGGUGCUGGCCAACGGGCGACCCUGCGAGGCCGGCUGCCGGACCUUCUUCCUCGUCUGCCUCAAGCACUACCAGGCAACCUUCUCGGAGGGACCCUGCACCUUCGGCAACAUCUCCACGCCGGUGCUGGGCACCAACUCCUUCGUCGUCAGGGACGAGAGCAGCGGCGGCGGGCGCAACCCUCUCCAGCUGCCCUUCAAUUUCACCUGGCCGGGUACCUUCUCACUCAGCAUCCAAGCUUGGCACGCCCCGGGAAACAACCUGCGGCCAGAGCCUUCGUCAGGGAAUGCGCUUAUCAGCCAGAUCACCAUCCAGGGCCCCCUUGCUGUGGGUCAGAACUGGAAAACAGAUGAGCAAAACAACAACCUCACGAGGCUGCGCUACUCCUACCGCGUCAUCUGCAGCGACAACUACUACGGGGAGAGCUGCUCCCGCCUGUGCAAGAAGCGUAACGACCACUUUGGACACUACGUGUGCCAGCCAGAUGGCAGCCUGUCCUGCCUGCCAGGCUGGACCGGGGAGUACUGUGACCAGCCAAUAUGUCUUUCUGGCUGUCAUGAGCAGAACGGCUACUGCAGCAAGCCAGCAGAGUGCGUCUGCCGUCCGGGUUGGCAGGGCAGCCUCUGCGAUGAGUGUAUCCCCCACAAUGGCUGUCGUCACGGCACCUGUAGCAUCCCCUGGCAGUGUACCUGCAAGGAGGGCUGGGGAGGUCUGUUUUGUGACCAAGACCUCAAUUACUGCACUCACCACUCCCCAUGCAAGAAUGGAGCAACGUGUUCCAACAGCGGGCAGCGGAGCUAUACCUGCGCCUGCCGCCCCGGCUUCACCGGCGUGGACUGCGAGCUGGAGCUCAGCAAGUGUGACAGCAACCCCUGUCGGAACGGUGGCAGCUGUAAGGACCAGAAGGAUGGCUAUUACUGCCUGUGUCCCCCAGGCUACUAUGGCCAGCACUGUGAACAUAGUACCUUGACCUGUGCGGACUCACCGUGCUUCAAUGGCGGCUCCUGCCGGGAGCGCAACCAGGGGGCCAGUUACAUCUGCGAAUGUCCCCCCAGCUUCACUGGCUCCAACUGUGAGAAGAAAGUAGACAGGUGUACCAGCAACCCAUGUGCCAAUGGAGGCCAGUGCCUGAACAGAGGUCCGAUCCGAACCUGCCGCUGCCGACCCGGAUUCACAGGCGCCCACUGCGAACUCCACAUCAGCGACUGUGCCCGAAGCCCCUGUGCCCAUGGGGGCACUUGUCACGACCUGGAGACCGGGCCUGUGUGCACCUGCCCCGAGGGCUUUUCUGGCAGGCGCUGUGAGGUGCGGACGAGCCAUGGUGCCUGUGCCUCAGGACCCUGCUUCAACGGGGCCACCUGCUACAGCAGCCUCUCCCCGAACAACUUCGUCUGCAACUGUCCUUACGGCUUUGUGGGCAGCCGCUGCGAGUUCCCCGUGGGGCUGCCGCCCAGCUUCCCCUGGGUCGCCGUCUCCCUGGGCGUGGGGCUGGUGGUACUGCUGGUGCUGCUGGGCAUGGUGGCAGUGGCCGUGCGGCAGCUGCGGCUUCGGAGGCCCGAUGACGGCAGCCGGGAGGCCAUGAACAACCUGUCGGACUUCCAGAAGGACAACCUAAUCCCCGCUGCCCAGCUCAAGAACACAAACCAGAAGAAGGAGCUGGAAGUGGACUGUGGCCUGGACAAGUCCAACUGUGGCAAACUGCAGAACCGCACGUUGGACUAUAAUCUGGCCCCAGGACUCCUGGGCCGGGGGACCAUGCUUGGGAACUAUCCUCACAGUGACAAGAGCUUAGGGGAGAAGGUGCCACUUCGGUUACACAGUGAAAAGCCAGAGUGUCGAAUAUCAGCGAUAUGCUCUCCCAGGGACUCCGUGUACCAGUCAGUGUGUUUGAUAUCAGAAGAGAGGAACGAAUGUGUCAUUGCCACAGAGGUAUAAGGCACGGAGCCCACCCAGACACCCAGCUUCAGCCCAGCAGCUGGGCCUUCCUUCCGCAUUGUUUACAUUGCAUCCUGGAUGGGACGUCUUUAGUAUGCACAGUGCUGCUCGAAGGAGGAAGAGGAGGAGGACGAGGAGGAAGGGGGAAUGGCAUAAACUGGACAGACUGUGAACCUGCCAAGAGUCGAACCGCCUCUGCCCAGCUUCAGGAGUCUGCCUGGCCUCGGAUGGGCAGCCAGGGGAGCAGAGUUGAGGAACCAGAGGAGGACCAUCAUGGGAGCUGUUAUCUGAGGUGCCACUUGGACUUGCUCUGCCAACCGUGGCCAUCAUGGGGCUCUUGACUGUUCUCCAGAGAGUGGCACUGGCCCUAAGCGAUCUUGGAGCUGCUGUGACCCCCAUGGGCAUCUGUAUUUCCAAAGUGCCUUUUGCCCAGACUCCAUCAUGACAGCUGGGCCCAAAUGAGAAAAGAGAAGAGGCUUGCCAGGGACAGGCCUUGUGUAGGCAGGAAAGCCUUGGAGUUUGGCUUUCGGCGGGAGCUAUCCUGCAGGUGAGGUGGGCACCGAGGGGAGAGAUGCAGAUCCUGCCUUCAACCACAGCAUGUGAGGUGCCACCAAGCCUACACCCUCUGGGCAAAGUUGGUCCUCUCACUGGUUCUGGUGCCUCUGGGCUUGUGUGAACAGAUGGGCUUAGGGCCUGCCCCUUUUGGCAGCCAGGGGUACAGGCCUAACUAGGGAGCACAGGACCCUUACGCUAAAAUUCCAAUAAGGGAGAUGGGGUGCUGCUGUAGCUAGGCCCUUCCGUGCAUCAUGCCCAUUUCUGCACCCAUGAGCCUGGGCUCUACAAGUGCCCACUGCUGCCCCCAGACCACCUUUGAAGCCGAUCUUCAGAAAUCAAUAAUAUGAGGUUUUUUUUGUUUUUGUUUUUUGGUGUUUUUUUUUUUUUUUUUUUUUUGUAGUUUAUUUUGGAGUCUAGUAUUUUG